GGGAUACCUUGUGGAUACCGGGUUCCAUUGAGCCUAAUGGUGGAAAUGUGAAACCUGGUGAUGGAAUCGUGAAACUUGGUGGUGAACCUGGCCGAAAUUCAACGAUUGAUUUAUUUAUAAUG